UGAACCUGGACCAGGUUACAGCAGCGCUGCGGGAAGUGCGGAAUAGUCGAAUAGCUGCAACGCCACGAGGAGUAAAGCGCAGAGCAAAGCCGGCACGACACGAGAGGAGGCGAUCUUUGUCGGAUUUCGUUCAUUUGCAUUUGACUUACAUAUCCGGCACCAUGGUUCCCAUCGAGGAAUUGUUAAUUUCUGGCCUCGUGUACGACUAUUUGUUGAAGAAAGAUGCAACGAUGGCGUCGGUUUUCCAGCAGAAGACAAAAGCGCCUUCUUUGCCAAAAGCAAGUCCGACGAUGAUAGACGUAUUUAGAUAUUUUCAGAAGCACUCUUCUAAGAAAGUCUCCGCGCUUGCACAAAAUAAAAAGAGCAGCUCGGAUUCAAGUUCGGAGAGUGAAGAAGAAACAGAAAAAAAUGUUGCACAAAUCAAUGGCAAAGGUUCACUAGUAGACACUGUGCCUCUCAAAAAAGUAACAAAAUCUUCGGAAGAUUCUUCUAGCGAAGAAGAAGCACAAGUUCAAAAAGUAGCAAAGAAAACAAAUGCCAAGACUCCGGUGCAGAAAAAAGAAAGUUCUGAUGAAAGUUCCGAUUCUGAUUCUGAACCACCAAAAGUUCAAACAAAAGCUGCACCAAAAGCUACACCAAAAGCUGCAGGAGCAAAAACGAAGGACAAAGCAAAAUCUGGCCCUGUCAUGAAGGCAGCAAAAACAGUUUUGAAAGCAGUUCAAUCAUCAGAUAAAAAUUCCGAAUCUUCUAAUGAUUCAUCCUCCAGUGAUUCAUCUUCUAACAAUCAAUUAGUAAGUCUACAAAAGACUCAACAGUCGACAGUCAAGACAUCCACGCCAAAAAUAAUUGAAAAGACACAAUUACAAAAGAAAUCGGCAAUGGUUGCACAACCAAAAUCAUCGUCGAGCGAAGACAGCAGCGACGAGGAGGAAUCAGCUCCAAAACCAGCUCCCAAUAAAUCAGUGCCAGCAAAGCAAACUGCCAUGGAAGUAUCUUCGAGUGAGGAGAGCAGUGAGGAAGAGCAGCCUGCUAAGAAACCAGUAUCCACAACUACUGCUAAAAAACAAACUUCAGUUGCGGCUAAGAAAGAUUCUUCCUCGAGCGAAGAAGAGAGUAGCGAAGAUGAACCUAAAACAGUCCCAACAAAAGUAUCUGUAGCUUCAAAGGCGCAAAAUCAGAGUAAGCCGACACCAGCGAAGGCUGUUAAAAAAUCAGAAUCUUCAUCAAGCGAAGACAGCAGUGACGAGGAAGAAACGCCGAAAAAAGCAGUCCUCAAUAAAUCGCCAGUAAAAUCAAAUAUCGAAAAAGAGUCUUCGAGCGAGGAUAGCAGCGAGGAAGAGGAAUCUGUUCAGAAACCAGUCUCAGUUGUCUCUAAGAAGCCAACUCCAGCAGUCGCCGCUAAAAAAGAGGAAUCUUCAAGUGAAGAAAGCAGCGAAGAUGAAACUCCUGUUGAAAAACCAACUUCCACUAAGCAAAAUGCUGCUAGCAAAGUUGAUUCUGUAAAAAAGAAGGAUUCCUCAAGCGAAGAAUCAGACGAUGAAUCCGAUGAAGAAGAGAAACCAGCGACAAAGACAGUAACGAAAGCAGCAAUUAGUAAAACAUUGAAAAAGCAAAAAUCUUCUAGUGAAGAUUCAGAUGAUUCGGAGGAUGAGGAACCAGCAAAAACACCAGCCAAGGCAAUCGCCAAAAAAGAAUCCUCGAGCGAAUCAGAUUCCGAUAACGUCAGUGAAGAGAAGGCAGAAGUUCAGACGCCAGCUAAGGGACAAAAGAGGAAGUACAACGAUAAUGAUGCAGAAAACACACCAUCAAAAGUUGCAAAAAAUAACUACAGCAAUUUUGUGAAAGCUGAUAGUAGUUUGAAUGGAAGCAAGGAUGAAAAUGAAGACGAUAACCAUUUUAAAAAACAAAACUCAGAACGAGGUGGAUUCAGGGGUGGAUUUAGAGGCGGUAGGGGUGGUUUCGAAGGCGGACGUGGUGGAGGUGGUCGUGGCGGUUUUAGAGGUGGACGCGGCGGUGACCGGGGUGGGCGUUGGAGCAAUGGUGGUGAUAGGGGUGGCCGUGGCGGUUUUAGAGGCGGACGUGGUAGAGGUGGUUUCGAAGGCGGACGUGGUAGAGGUGGUUUCGAAGGCGGACGUGGUGGCAGAGGUGGUUUCGAAGGCGGACGUGGUGGGAGAGGUGGUUUCGAAGGCAGAAAAUCUUGGGGUGGAAACAGGGAUAACGACGGUCCAAGAAAAUCGUGGGGAAACAAUGAAAACAAUGAUAAAGGAGGUUUUAGGGGUGGUUUCGAUAAAAGAAAAUCUUUCGAUAUUUCAGCACCACCUCAAAAUAAAAAAAUCACUUUUGACGAUUAAUAUUAAAUAAAUGAUUGUACAGGUGAUAUUGUAAAGAAAGGUGCACGAGGUUCAUGGGGAGAGCGCGCUAACGAAACACUAAAAUUUACGAAGGGCAAAAGAUUCCGACAUGAAAAGCAAAAGAAGAAGCGUGGUUCUUAUCGUGGCGGACACAUAGAUACACAAGUUAAUUCCAUUAAAUUCGACAAUUAAACAAUCACACUUUAUAAUUUUUUGCCAUUAUUUAAAUCAGUAAAAUAGUUAGGUUUAAUACUUAAAUUGUACACUCUGAUAAAAUAUAUAAAACAGCUAUUGUCCAGUAUUUUAAAGCAAAGAUGAGAUUCUAACAAAUUCGGUUAAAUGUUCACUUAUUAUUAUCACAAUGUUCAUUUAUUAUAAUCACUACACAUAAAACUCACUACACAUAAAACAAUUAUAAUAGAAUUACACAACUAAAAUUUAAAAUGUAAUGGAAUUCAGAAUGGAAACUAAUGACAUGUUUUACACAAAUUAGUGUGCUUUGCAAAAUAUGUGUAAUAUUUCAUUAAGUUAAAUGUGUUAUGACUCUCCAUCCUCUGCAUAUAGAUAAUUACGUUUUAUCAUUUUGCAUUAAAACCGAAUUUGCUAGAUAAAAGAAAUUUUUUUAAAAGAAAGAUUCAUUAGAUAGGCUAUUGCCGAACAGUAUAUAAUUGAUAAAACUACGUUAUUUUUGCCGUUCUUGAUGUUUACAACAUAAUUUUCUGUAUGUAAAUGUUAAUCUUAUUGACAACUUGUAAGCGUUGGCAAACAAAAAUAUGUUAAAUACAUUAUAAAUUACAUUAUAUUUAAUAUUCAAACAUUCUUUUUAAAAUUAAAAUUGAUAGCUAUAAGUUUUACAGAAUUUAUUUUCUAUAAUAAUUAAAGUAUAAAUGUUGCUA